CGGAAAUUCGAUAUUCUGCAUUGAUAGUGAUGAGUUUCGCCGAAAUCUGUAAUAGCACUCAAAUCCCAAAAGCUUUACUUUGGGAUGUUAAUCAAGUUGCUUCUUGGAUUGAAGGCAUUGGAUAUUCUCAGUACAAGGAAUGUUUUACUGAAAAUCAGAUUGAUGGUCGCAGUCUAAUUAAUAUCCACUCUUCAACACUUCCUCAUUUAGGCGUGACUGAGUUUGCAGAUAUUAAGAAUAUAGCAUGUAAAGUGAGGGAAGUUUUGAAUCUAGAUGAAAACGAGUCGUCGCGCAAAUUGCACUUGCCUCCAAGAAACAUAGUUGGGAUGUUUCUCGAAGCAAAAAGCUAUACUGGAAGCAAAUUAUCUGGACUCACAUUUCCCAGAUUUGUUUACAAUACUCGGAGUGCAAUUUGGCAACCUUCAUUAACAAAUAUGGGGAUGAUUUUUAAAUAUAAACAAUGAAUUCACCUGAGGUUUCUGUGGUGGUUAAAUGAAUAGUAACUUUGAAUGAGUAAUCACUAUGAGUACUUCUACAACAAUUAUUUUCACGUAUUGUUCAUUUUAACUUACCAGUAAAUAAUAAACUUUUGUUUUUA